ACGGCGGGGCGGCCGCGCUCGUGCUCCGCCCCGCCGCGGUGCGGCGAGCCCGCGGGCGGCUGCGGAGGCGCGGCGGCUACGGCGCCGCAGUGCGGCCAGCUCCUCCCCGGGGCCGGCGAGGCGCAGCAGGGCGCGGCGGCCGCCGCGGCCUCGCAGAUGCCGCCGACGCAGCCACUCCCGCCCACGCCGGCCGAGGAGCUUGACCAAGCCGCCCUGGUGGCCAAGGUGAAGGCCUACUGCAAAGAGGAGAGGGAGCACAAGACACGAUGGCGGAGGUUCUGCCGCGCGCACGAGUACCCCCAGGACGACCCCAAGAUGAAGCCCGUCGAGUUCCUGCGCGACUUCUGGGGCAGCGUCCAGGAGGCGGCUAGCGGGCGGCGCGGGUCCUCCGAGGGCCAGGCUGCGGAGAGCCGCGAGGACGCCGCGGAGCAGGGCUGCGACCGGGCCCAGCCCGAGUUGGAGAGGCCGCCCCUGAAGCCGCAGGAGCCCGCCCGCGCGCGGGGCGACGACCAUGCCCUCGCGGGGGGCCCGGCGGCGGCGGACGCGGCGGAGGGGGCGCCGCUGGCCGACAAGGAGGAGCUCGCCAGGCAGGCUGCGCUCGUCAUCUCCUCCAAGGAGCGCAACAAGAUCAACAAGCAGCUGCAGAAGCAGCUCGAGGAGAAGGCGCACACCAUCAGGCAGCUGAAGGAGCAGAGCGCUCAGCUGAAGGAGCAGACCGCGCUCACCCUCGUCUGAUACCAUUUCGUCUCUUUCGUUUUCUUUCGCUUCGC